UGCGGUCUGGCACGGGAGGCAAAGUUGCGAUACAUCAUGGAUAUCUCAAUUUACUAUGUUUAUCAUUUACUUCAAGGCAGAAUAAUCACAAAAAACCACCAAUUCAGGUAUAUUGCCAAAAGUUUGAAUAGUUCAAUUUGCAUUGUUUGGGAACGAGGUGCUUAUAUAGAAGAGAACAAAAUGCCUACAAAAUAACAAAUUACAAAGCAAGUAUGUUUCGGUUGCAAAGCAUUGAGGAAUCUGUCUAUGUUCUACACUCAGUCUAAGCCGAACGCUGGUGGUUGUAUUUGACCAUACUCCAUCACGUUAAUACAACACAGACUCUGUAGCUAAAGACUGAUGAAACAACGGAAUUAUACAUUCAAAGCAUAAUUUUAUAGAACCUGAUAUCGGAUCUUGCUACAAUAAUUUUGCAUUUACAAGAGAGAGCAUGGGACCUUUCUUGGCUGUAUUUAUUGUUUUUAUCAGUACUUCAUGUGCAGAUGUAUCGUUAUUUGGGAUUUUUGAAAACCAAUCUAGCCCAAAGUAUUUUGAAGAAGCAACCGAGAAGCUUAACAUUACAGGAAGCAGUUUUUACUCAAAUUGGAACUCGAGUCAUGGCUUAUCAUUUGUAAUAUCGCAAAUGGAAGCGCUUAGAAUGAAAAUCAAUCGGAGUGAUUCCAACAAGAAUAUUGUGUUUAGCGAUACUCAGGGAGUGCAAAGCGAGAUGGUCAAAGAGCUGUUGCUGAUUCAAGAAGAUACUACGCCAUCAAGUUACAACAAGCCUUUGUUCUUUUAUGACGAUGGUUUAGGAAGAGAUCAUCAGAGUGAACAUCAACAUCAAAUGGCUAAGGACAUGCUCUCCUUCUUGAAUACGUUGGCUCUUCCAUUCAAAGACAUCACAAUCGUCACAGAUUGGACAGAAACCGGCCAAGCCAUCCUAACACAAUUGAUACAAAGUGCCUACCAUGUUGGAAGAGACACGAUUACUAUUCAAUCAGUCGAAAAGCUGAUUGCAGAUCAAAGCAGCGUAUCGUCUACUUUUAUGGAUUGCAAGCUAUUUCUUGUCGACUGUAAUGGAACGUUGGCUGCGAAGAUGUUUGAUAUUGCUAAAUCGAUGGGCCUAACUGGAUUCAUGGAUUCAAUUAAAUGGAUACUAUCGGGACACACGAUGGAAUCUCUGCCUCAAAGCUGUUCUAUUCCUAGAGGUGAAUACUAUGGACUAUUGCCAUCCCAAAUCGCCCUUAACGGAUCUGACAUCUUACGGCAAGUCAUGCAGUGCAGUAAAGAGGAAUCGCAAAAAAAGGAUUGUUCGCGAAGUAAACACGCUGCAAAGAUAUUAAGACUUUGGUCGAGUCAAAUCACUCCGUCGAGGAACAUGUGGAUAGAAGAUAAAAAGAACUUUGAUAAUAUGAUCAGUUCUAUUAUAAACAAACAAGGUUUGCAUUCAAAUAAACCAAGACUCAGGGUGUCGGUCGUUGAAUCGAAGCCCUUCAUUAUUGUAAACAAAUACAAGGAAACAUCCGAGGAUAACUUCCCUUGCCAAAUUAAUGGAAAACUAGGCAUAAAGAGAACGAAAAAUGCAUCUGGUGAGUUAGUGUGUAUGAAUGGCUUUACCAUUGAUAUCUUAAAAGAGCUGGAAACCACAUUAGGUUUUGUUGGUAUCCCAAUUACUACCAAGGAUGGCAAAUACGGCAAGUAUGAUCCAAGUACAGGGGAAACAGAUGGUUAUGUUGGAGAAAUAGUUCGUGAUGAAUCUGAUAUAUCGAUCGAUCUAUACGCUGAUAGGACAAGAAGCCUGGUGAUGAGUUUCACUACGCCGUAUUAUAUUGGUUCUUUGGGUUUUGCAUACCUGCAGAAGAAUCAAUAUGAGGAAGCGGCUGUAUUAAAACCAUUCAGCCUGUACUUAUGGCUGUGUAUAAUCGGAACCAUAUUUGUGCUUAUUGUUGUCUUGUGGUCCUUGGAAAGGAUCAGUCCAUAUAGCCAGCAUCAAAUUAACAAGCGGUCCUUAGACGACACAAAAGAAUUCACCUUCGUCGAUAGUGUUAUUUACGUAUGGGGAACAUUUUUCACUGGAGAAAUCAUUAGCAACAAGCCAAUGGCUGUUGGUUCUCGUUCUAUCGCCAUAGUUGUAUCAUUUGUGUCGAUUUUGGUGAUGUCUGCAUAUUCAGCAAACUUGAUUUCGUUUCUUGUGGUAUUAGAUGAAACACCAUUGGUGACUGGCCUGCUAGAUGAAAAGGUAAGAAACUGAAAGGUUGCAGCGUUUGAAAGUUACUUGCAGUAGGGCUACAUCCAAGGGUUGGAGGGGGUGGGGCAGUGGUGGAUGGGGGCGAAGGAUACUUUAUCUGAAUGUUAAGGUGAUU